AUGCGUCACUCACCACUGACAACCGUGGAGGCACGGGCGCCGCUGGCGCACCGCUUGCGCUACCUAUGCCGCCCCCUGCCUUCACCUCCAAAGCCCAAUAGGUGGCCUCCUCUUGUGGAAUCAUGGAACGCGACAGGGUGGGGAAUGCGCGAUCCCCCCGUACGGCACAUCCGGAAGAUCAGCUGCAGUCGUUGUUUCGCGGCGUCUGCCAGGGACGUCUCAAGUCAGGCCUUGCUUGUCAACUACCGAACGUGCUGCUGCUGCUUCUCCUCGGCUUCGCCGUGGAAUCAACAUUCAUCAGCAGAAACAGCGGCCACCGUCUCCACUAGAGAACCAGAGGUGAUCUCACUUGAAGCAAUAGAAAUUGAGGUGAUGAAUGCUGAAGGAUCCCCGUCGACGACGUCCGCGACCGCCACAGCGCACGCCUUCUCCUCGUCGACGGUGCGUCAGGCAGAGGUGCACAGUGAGACUCCUUUUUCGAGGCCUAAAAGCCAUGGUGAGCCCCAGUAUCCGCGCCACCACCGCCAUCAGCAGCAGCAGCAGCAGCGUGACGUAAGUGCGGCCAACUUCUUCACGGCACAACGUCCUACCACUUCAGCUGUGGAUGCUCGCGAAUACGACAGCGAUGGUACCUCGAUGGCAACCGGUGUGCCGCCCGGCGCAGUUCAGCAGCAAGAGUACUGCGACGCUCACACAACCGACGCAUUUGCGCGAGGACGCAUCGCCAACUUUGUGCGUCGCAUGGGCCAUAAUGCUGGGAUGGUGUUUCACGUGCGUGUCAUGACCCCAGCCCAGGCAGCGGCGGUCACCGGAAGCGCGACGGGGCCAAAACUCUUCGCAGCGACGUGUCGGUUGCCGCUCCCGGAGCCUCAUGGCUCGCGCGUGGCUGAAGGCAUUGCAGAGGAUGCGAGGGAGGCAGAGGUGCUUGCCGCCAUGCACGCCGAGCGGGUGUGCGACGCACUCGGCGUGCAGCUCUUCCGGCUGAAGACAGCCCAGCAAAAGCACGCGGACACCGUGCGAAGGGAGGAAGGGCGCUACGCGCCCUACCCCGACGACCCCAUUAAGCCACUUGGAACACCUGUUCCACCUCCGCUGCGUCUACUGCGCAGUCGCACAUCCGCGUCGUCUAACGCAUCCAGCGCUGCGCCGACACAGCCGGCCUUCUCGGUUGACUCGGCAACCGCUAUUGCUAAUGUAGAGACUCCUGCGCAGUCGGCUCGGUCGAGAGCUGAACGAGGCGGAGCGUCGGCAAAAACAGCAGCAGCAGCAGCAGCAACACCUCAGGAAGCGCCUCUGGCUGGCGAAGCGUUGCCGUCGGCAUCAGCAGAAAGUAGUGUUGGAGAAAGCACCUCGGCUCCAGCCAACCCCGCCACUGCCUGCGAGAGCGUCUCGCCGCCCUCCUGCGUCGACAUCGCGACAGGCUUUGACUCCACCAGAAUUGGACUGCGCCGUCACGACCCCCUUGACGACUACGCAAGGUUGGUGUUUCACUACACAGAUGAAGAGCACGCCGAGCGAGUGCGGACGUACGCCAGCAGCGUCUACUACCCCUGGACGAGCCAGUGGGUAGGGGCGGAGGUGACACAGGCGGAUGUCAGUGCACCCCCAAAGUGUAGUCCCACGAGCAACGACAGUAGUGCCGCCACCACGGCCGCCGCUACGCUACGGCAGAUGUUCGACCCCACCGAAAGUGGAAUGUGGUCGAUCGUGAAUGAGCGCAGCAUGCGCUGCUCCCCCACGCCGCAGGACGCGCUCGUGUUGCCCAUUGUGUACGACGGCCCGUGCGCCGAGGCGCGCAUCAGGGACUACUAUGCCCAGCACAACGCCACGUUCAAGGAGCAUCUCACGGUGCGCCCUUCAUCUCUGUCAACGGGAAGUCCGCAGCGCAUGGUGGAGGCGGAGCUGCAGCUUAUUGGCCUCACUAUUACAGCAAAAGGAAAGGCCCAGACGGAACAGAUGGCCAUCCACCUCGCCGCAAUGCAUGCGGAGCUGCUGCUGGACGCGGUGGGGCAUCCACUCUUUCCAGCUGACCCGCAGCGGCAGGCACGGCACGCCGAGACGGUGGCUGGCUACGGGCGGUGGGCAGUGAACCCUCUCACUGGCUGUGUCACGCCACCGAACCCGCACGACGCGCUCCCGCGGCCGCUGAAGAUCCAAAUCGGGACCGAUGAGGCGUGGCUGGGGCCGGAGGCGCGGCGCCAGCUGGGGCACCGCUGGACGGACUCGGAACAUGUCAUUGUGGCCAUGCAGCACUUGAACACGCAGACCGAGGACGAGGUGGAGAUCAACCCGCCGGCGGAGCUGCUCGAGGAGGCGGAGGAGCUCCUGCGCGCGUGGCAAACCCGCGUCGCGCGGAGCCGCUUCACGCACCUCUUUGUGCUCUUCGACUUGGAGACGGCCUUCCAGGCAACGACGGUCCUGCCGGUGCCGCGUCAGUUCGGCAUUCGGGGUGGCCUCGGCAUUGGCAAGACUCGCGAGAUGGCCGUGCAGGUGUGCUCCUUGCACGCACUCGACACGCUGUGCACCCUCGGCGUCCCCCUCUGCGUCGACCCGGAACAGGAGCGACGGUACCUGCAGCGUCGUGCCGCACUCGGCAUGGUGCUGCAGCGCACCUUGCCCGCCAGGAGAGGACCACUGAGGCGCACACAGGUCCCCCAGGGCCUCUCUGGGCUGCCGCAACCGCCUGUGCUCGGUUCGGCAGAGCAGUCGUCGGUGACAAGCGACGGCGGUGUGCCGCGCCUGCCGACGUACACAGUAGAGGGUUCGCACGUUCGUCUGCUGCCCAACAUCGCCGACACGCUACACGCCAUGCAGCUGCGCAUUCCGGAGGACUACUGUCUCUUCGGUGGUGCCAGCGAGGAGGUACUCGUCGAGGUAGGGAAUCAGGUGCGCAUAGCCGUGCAGAACUACCUGAAGGCGUUCCUGGAGAAUGAGAUGCGCAGCCGCAACAACCAGCACCGAAGCCAAAGCAAGAACGGUGGGUCAAAGGCCGCGCGAUACCCCGGAGCAGCGUCCGGCGCGGGUGACCCCGCCCCUGCCACCGACAGCAGCCAGGAGAACGAGACUUCAUCAGUGACGAGUGCGGAUAUGAGCAGCGGCAGCGGCAGCGGGGACGUGAACACCACGACCCGGACCGCAACCACCACCGUCGAAGACAAUAUCACCGAGACCCAGGCGUGGGCUACCCAGUUUUCCAUGAACUUACUACCACACAAUGUCAUCAGCGGCUACGGGACGCAGAAAAGUCUCCACAGCACCAGCUUCCUGCAGGUGCCGCUCCCCAGCACUGUCUCGUCGCUACCAUCAGAGACGUCGCACAAGAUCGAUACCUCGGCCGUAUCAUCGCCGCCGAAUCCGCUGGUGGGGCCAGUGUACGCCAUCGCCGUCGGCACAUCGCUCAAGCGUAAAGAUGCCGAGCGCGCCUGCUACCUACACGCCGCUUCUAUCUUGCAUUCGUUUGGAGUGGAUGUCUUGGCGCAGUAUCCACGCGGCCAGCCGCGGGUGCGCCACGUAUUCUCCUUCGCGGACGUGGCCAAGUACCUGGGCAAGGAACCACUCAUCAUUACAUCCCCCUUCCUGUCUGACGGCACGCUGCGCGCCCCAGCAGUGGAAGCCGCUGGCGUCAAGCCAGCGGAGGCGGUGAGACCGCCGCCGCUGUCAAGCAGAGCGGAAGUCGCCAGUAAGUUGCCCGGCUCACCGCCACCACCGCCGGGCUCUCUGCACCCACCUCGCCCCGUCCUGCAUACGAACAUGAAAGCGUUCUUGGAAAGCACGCGAGGUAUCACGUUGCCGCGGAGACGGAAGCUCCGCUCCACAGGUGACCUCUGA